CAGCCCAGCAAAGAGUUAAAGGGAGGGGACGUGGGCUGUCACGCGUCAUUGGGCAGAUUAUGUGCAGCAAACAAAAAGUGUGUGUCUGCGUGCCAGUCAGUCACUGCAUCGGGUCCAUCUGUACAACUCUCAUUCUCUCUCUCUCUCUCUCUCUCUCUCUCUCUCUCUCUCCUCUCACUCUCCCAUCAUUUCACUCUCCCCAUCUCUCCAGCUCUCUUCCCUCUCUUUAGGCAGAGCCUACUAGACAGCAAUACUAACACCUCCUGACAUGGAAAUACACUGAUACAAUAGGCGGAAGAAACACUCCGUAGCAUCUCCGGGUUCCAGGUGGCGUUUUUGGCCGUUGCAUCCCUACCCGAUUACUGGGAUGGAGGAUUCAGGCAUCCAGCGAGGCAUCUGGGAUGGAGAUGCCAAGGCCGUCCAACAGUGUCUGACAGACAUUUUCACCAGCGUGUACACCACCUGCGACAUUCCUGAGAAUGCUAUAUUCGGGCCCUGCGUCCUGAGCCAUACCUCCCUGUACGACAGCAUAGCUUUCAUAGCUCUCAAGUCCACCGACAAAAGAACAGUUCCUUAUAUCUUCCGGGUGGACACCUCAGCGGCAAAUGGUUCCUCGGAAGGUCUCAUGUGGCUGCGUCUGGUGCAGUCCGCCAGAGAGAAGGAGGAGCAGAACCUGGAAGCCUAUAUAAAAAACGGACAGCUGUUCUACCGCUCUCUCCGCAGGAUUGCCAAAGACGAGGAGUUGCUAGUUUGGUACGGGAAAGAACUGACUGAGUUACUCUUGCUCUGCCCCUCUAGACCCCACAGCAAAAUGAAUGGGUCGUCCCCUUACACAUGCCUGGAAUGCAGCCAACGUUUCCAGUUUGAAUUUCCCUUUGUGGCGCACCUGCGCUUCCGCUGCCCCAAGAGAAUUCACAGCGCGGACAGGAGCCCCCAAGACGAGCAAGGCGGCGGCGUGGGUACCAAGGACCACAACUGGUGCGCCAAGUGCAAUGCCUCCUUCCGCAUGACCUCAGACCUGGUGUACCACAUGAGGUCGCAUCACAAAAAGGAGUACGCCAUGGAGCCCCUGGUGAAGCGAAGGCGGGAGGAGAAACUCAAGUGCCCCAUUUGCAACGAGUCCUUCAGGGAGCGCCACCACCUCUCCAGGCACAUGACCUCCCAUAACUGA